AUGAACAGAUUAAAGCUUGUAUUUUUAAAUUUAGUGAUAAUUGCAUUUGUUGCAACAACAACGAAUGCUCAAGAUUUUCCAUGUCCAUUUUCUAGAGAACUAUCUAUUCAAACACCACCAAUGACUGGUGAUGAUGUUUAUAUCCUACAGAAUCUACUAGUGAGAACAGUACCAAACAUCCCAUUAACAUCUGCAUUCGACGCAAUCACACAAGCUGCACUCAUUAAAUUCCAAUCAAUUUAUCAAUUGGAAGAAUCAGGUAUUUUCGAUGUAACAUCAGCAAACGCAUUGUUGGCAAAUAAUUUAGAAGAUGGAUACAAGGAUAAUGGACAGAUUCCACCUGGAUUCCUCUAUAAGGUUUAUGUACCAGUUCAUAGAGAUCGUUCGAUUGAGACAACUGCAACGUUGUUCGACGCCAACAUGAAUGUUCUCUUGAAUUUCACAGUGAAGACACUCGGUCAGAACGACAACUCCACCGGGUUGCCAAUGAACCAGCUCUGUGGAUCCGGUUCGACACCGACCGGCUUGAUGACAUUCGAUUUGAACUCACCGGAGCCAGACCCCGUAAGUUUCGGACCGUAUCCAAUCAAUCGUGCCGUAGAAGGUCUCGCUGGCAAUGCUUUCAUCGUGAUCAGCAACAUUCGUGACGGCAUCUUGCUGCACACCGGUGAGUGGGCCGGUUGGAAUCCAUCGCUCCCAAUGCCACCAUCACACGGAUGCAUUCACUCCUACCCACAGUACAUUGAUGAAAUUCAAACUAUCCUCACCAGUAAACUCGGUGUCUACAUUCGUAACAACACCUACGGUGAACUUCCAUACCUUCAUCAACCACAAGUCUAUCUCUAUAAUAAUAUUUAUUUAAAAUUAAAAAGCAUUAAGAAAAAAGAGAUGUCAAAGACUAUAUUAAUGACAUUGAAUCCAAAGAAUGAAGAAGCACAAAAUGGUGAAAUGUUGUGUUUACAAUCCAUCUAUAGAGAUGACUUUGUAAUGUUACCUCCAGAUGGUGUUUGUCAGAGAUUCAAAAUAACAGUUAUUCCACAUCCAACCAAUCAAUAUCAAAACUAUUGUUCAGUUAAAUUAUGUGUAACUUAUACACCAAACUAUCCUGAUACUCUACCGAAUAUUGAGUUGGAGAAAGUAAGAGGAUUAUCAGAUGAUCAGAUAGAGGAACUCUAUAUAUUAUUGGAGAAGAAGAUGAUCAUUGGCGAGGUGGUCAUAUUCGAGUUGUGUCAAGCCAUACAGGAGUUCUUGUUGCAAUACAACAAGGAAACAGUUAGUCUACACGAAGAGAUGAUUCAACGUCUAAAGGAACAUAGAUUGAACAGCAGCAGUGAGAUAUAUAACAAUAGCAACUAUCAAGACGAUAUAGAUGAUGGAGUAAACAAUGAUGAAGAUGAUGAUUAUGAUAAUGAUAGAGAUAACAAUAGUGAUAUCGAUGAUAAUAAUAAUAAUAAUAAUAAUAAUAAUAAUCAAGAUGAUGAUAAUGAUAACGAUUUUGAAAAUGGUCAUGUAAAUCAUCAUAAUCAUCAUCAUAGUAAUCAUCAUAGUCAUCACCAUAAUCAACAGUUUGGUGUACCUUCCUUUUUAAAUAUGAUAAGAAAUGGUGAUUUCAUGCUUGACAAUAAUAAUAAUAACAACAAGUCAAUGUUUGGAUAUGGAUUUGAUAUUGGACAAUCGAGUAAUAUCGGUCUCGAGAAUAAUAUGAGUAUAUUCGAAGAGAGUCAUAUGAACACUGCUUCACAUUUAGUUAGUGGGCGACAUGAUGAUCAGCCAUCAACCAACUCUGACAUACCAAAGAUACACUGGAAGCUUGGAAGCUGUCUAGGUCGUAGUGACGUCGAUGCCACCUACGAAUGUAUAAACUUGGACACCAACACAAAGAUGAUCUGUCGACAGAUACCAUUAGAUGAUAACAGCAACAGCAACAGUAACAGCUAUAAUGAUUCAAAUAGCAAUAGUAAUAAUAAUAAUAGUGGAAGUAGCAGUGGAAGUGGAAGUGGCAAUAGUAGUAGUAACUCGAUUGGCAGCAUCCAGAAUCAAAAUAACGCUACAUCAACUACCACCUCACAAAACACAAACAAUCAAUCGAUAAAACGUGCUUAUGCGAUUCAGAAGGAAGUGGAAUGUAUGAUGCAUCUUUCUAAUCCACAGUUGGUCAGGUAUCUCGGUGCUGCCAUUGAGAAUAACACGCUCUAUAUAUUUCAGGAGCAUGUCGGUACUGACACUCUCAAGGCGAUGAUAGAAAAGGUCGGUCGCAUCGAAGAGUCUGUCGUAAGGAAGUAUACAUAUCAACUGUUGCUCUCACUACUCUACUUGCACUCACAGCACAUUCCACAUCGUGAUGUGCAAUCCAAGAAUAUUUUCGUUGACGACGCCACAGGACAUGUUCUUUUCACAAACUAUGGUGGCAAUUCCACAAAGAUAUUCGACCACGUCGACCGAUCCAACAAUAAGAAUCACCUCAACUUUUGGAAUCAGAAUCAAAAGAUGCUGCUCUCUUCGAAUGCCUCCACCAAGUAUCUGCUCAGACGUGAGGACUUUCUCAAUCUGGGUAUCGUUGUACUGGAGAUGUUGACUGGUCGCACCAUUUCCAGGAGUCAGCUGACAAGCAGUGGAAAUAGCACAAUCGGUAACAGCAGCAGCAGCAGCAUUGGAAGCAGCAGCAUUGGAGGAAGCAGUGGCAGUAACAACAAUACAGGUAGUGGUGGAUUCAAACGUUCAUUCUCUAGCCAAUCACUCAAUAGCAGCGGUGGAAGUAACUCUUCACAAAACGAAUUUCUCAAGCUGUACGAGGGAAUUGCACUGCCUGAGAACACAUCGGCACUCGCCAAAGAAUUUCUCUACAUCAUUUUCAAUAGCGAUGCCAACGACAAAGUCAAACUGGAAGCAGGGCUACUCCUCAAGCAUCCAUUCAUAUCUUCGCAUCACUCUCUUUCUUCAUCGACACCCACAAUGAAACCGAAAGAGAAUUCCAAUAACAAUCAACACCCGAAUAACAACAAUCAUAAUCAACCACUUAGAAAUACAACUUCAUCGAUUGCAGCCAACAUUAUCAAUCCAAUCACCAGUAACAUUUCAAAUAUUACAAACAAUACAAUAACUUCACCGCCAACAUCAACACCCAUCACCACCACAACCACUAGCAAUACAACAACCACCACUUCCUCUGCUGUGAUUACAGCAAACAAAUUGAUAAAUCAUCAAAAUAUCUUGGCAAAUUCAACUUCAUCCACUUCCAAUCCUUUGACUAUUUCGACUUCCACCAAUGAGAGUACCACUGAUUUGAAUAACAGCUGUGCAUAUAGCGAUAAUACACCACCUUCUUCACCUUCGAUGUUGGCAAGCAGUACCAGCCAAACACCACCAAUUGCAACUGGUGCCAACAAUCCUCAAAAUGGUCCAACCAAUAUCUUGAUGGGAUCACCAGGCGCCACCCCUGCCAAGCAAAAGCCAAUGUCACCCAAUCCCUAUGAAUUUAGAUUCUCUCGAUAUCGUAUGGACUUUGAGGAGAUUGAAAUGAUUGGAAAAGGUGGAUUCGGUAUCGUUGUGAAAUCAAAGAAUAAACUGGACGGUCGUUACUAUGCAGUGAAGAAGAUCAAGACCGAAGGUGUCUCCUCUGACAACCAGGCGGAACCACUCACCAACAAACUGCUACGUGAAGUCACUACACUUUCAAGACUGCAUCACCAAUAUGUGGUGCGAUACUACCAAGCUUGGAUAGAGCGGACCGACAGCCACUCGGAUGAUCACGACGAAAUGGAGGAUUUGAGUGGUGACCUCGAGACUGAUGCCUCGGAAGAUUGGUUGACACAAUCGAUCAACUCAAGGUCGCUUCUCUCCAACACUUUUACAGACCAGGACAUUGGGCUAUCCUAUGCUGCAACGGACGACGACGGAUCAUACUCAAACAAUAUUCAUGAGGAUGACGACGAUGACGAUGAUGACGACGACGAAGAUGUUUCCACUAAUUUCAACUUUAAUCCUAGAUCAAGGGUAUUGUCCAAUCAUAUACAAAAGACGAUUCCAACACCUGCAGCAAAGAAGAAAGAUACUCAUACACUCUAUAUUCAAAUGGACUAUUGUUCAAAGAAAACUCUGAGAACUCUUAUCGAUUCGAUUGGCGGGUUAUCAGAGGAGGAGAUAUGGCGACUCUUUAGACAGAUGGUUGAAGGUCUCAACCAUAUUCAUUCACAAGGAAUCAUUCAUCGUGAUUUGAAGCCAGCCAACAUUUUCAUUGACGACGAAGACAAUGUAAAGAUUGGUGAUUUCGGUUUGGCAACUUCAGGAUCACAAAAAAGUGGAUUCCUAACUCCACAACAACAACAACAACAACAACAAUCACAAGUAACAGAUAAUAGUACAAUGUUUGAUAUUGAAGAGAAUGAACAAAGUAUGACGGGUGGAGUUGGAACUCCAUUCUAUUGUUGUCCAGAGAUUCUCCAAAAGACAAUUCGUCACUACGGUGUCAAAGUCGAUAUCUACUCGCUCGGUAUCAUUCUCUUUGAGAUGUGUCAUCCCUUCCAGACUCAGAUGGAGCGAUCUAAUAUCCUGCGAGACUUGAGAAACGACAUUAAAUUCCCACCGGGUUUCGAGGCAUUGAAACCCGACCAUGCACAACUGAUUCGUAGCCUGAUUGCCAAGGAUCCAAACGACCGUCCCACCACAAAGGAACUACUUGAAUCAGACUUGAUUCCCUCGAGAAUCGAAGACGACAUCCUCAAGGAAGCAAUCAAAACCAUCGCCAACCCAACGCUCUCACUGUUUAACUAUCUCAUGGAGAAGCUCUUUGGAAUGUCGACGGACGAACAUAUUGUAUCGCGUUAUCUCUAUACUUCAAAUGCAACACUCUCCAACACUCAUUUGUUGGCGCGUGAAAAGACUGUGACUCGACUUUGCAAUAUCUUUAGGAAUCACGGCGCCAUUAGAAUUGACACACCCAUUCUCUUUCCGAUCGAUUCGACACUGCCCAACAAAGAUCUGGUUGCCAAGUUCCUCGAUGAAGGUGGCAACGUUUCAUCCUCUGGUUACAGUCCCAAAGAACUGUAUGAGUGUGAUUUCGACAUUGUAGGUCCACCCAAAACAAGCUACGUUAGUGACGCGGAAAUCCUCAGAACCACAGUCGAUAUCAUGGAGGAAUUCUCAAAGGAACUAGGAAGUAACUACAUUAUAAAGAUCAACCAUUACAGUGUGCUCGAUGGUGUAUUGGAGGUGGUCAACGAACGAAGCAACUAUCCCGACCAAUAUGGCCACUACACUUCAAAGACCGAGAUUAUUAUGGCCGGUGGAAGAUACGACCGGCUGAUCAACAGCUUCCUACCGCAGGCUACACACCAACAGAUCUGCGGUGUCGGUGUAACCAUUGCAAUCGAAAAGAUGGUCAACUCUCUGAUGCAAUACGAUCAGCGACAAAUCAAGACGAAAGGCGCCAAGACCAACUCUGACCUCGAGGUAUUCGUUUGUUCGCUGGGCGCGCCAAUGUUGACAGAGAAACUUCAGGUCUCCACUCAACUGUGGGCAAUGAACAUCAAAGCUGACUACUCACCGAAUGAAUACUCCAAUGUCGAGGAUAUCUUCAGCUAUUGCAAAGAGAAUGGAAUUACAUGGGUGAUCGUACUGAAAGAGCGAUCUUACUCUACCGGUAUGGUCAAGAUCAGACACAUUGAAACCAGAUCGGAAUCGGUCAUCUCUAGAAAGGAUCUCGUAGACUUUAUCCUGAAAGCAAAGAAAUAUCGAUUGAUGGAACCGUCGGCACCUCUCGAAACACAAAUGAUCGCUAUGGAUACACAGUCUGACCUGUUGAACAUUCAAGUCACAAUUCAAGCCGGUGAAGAAAACAAAGGAAAAUUAAAGAAAAUAGAAGGAUCUGUAAAAGAUUGUGUAAAUAAAAUGUUUAAAGGAUUCUAUCAAUCAAAAGGAACAUCUAUUAAAGUAGUUGCCAUAGAUCUAUCAAUAUCAAUUGUCAAGGAAUUUAUGGAUAGUGGCGAAGCAACUUCAAAGUUCACUCGAGUACACAAAGACAAACUUCUUCAACUAAAGAAUCAAGUAUCCAAAUGGAAGUUGAUACCGUUCUAUGUGAUUUACUCUUAUAAAGAUGAAAAGCCAUUACUCAUAACAAAUAGUUAA